CGAAGCCAAGAGCUUACAGAACCGGCUUUAUAUAUAAUGUAUUUUGUGAUUGUUUUGGAGUUAUGCAUGGGUUAUCUUUCUGCCUUCAUGUCCGUCUGUCUAUUCGAGUUCUUCAGACAACUGGCUGUUUGAGCCACCCUUGCUAAGUGGAAUGUCUCUGCCACACUCUCACGCACACACACACACACUGUCCAGCCAUCCCUCCCGCUCUGCUGUUAAUGAUUAACAGCCGGUCCUGCAGUAGCCGCUCACGGUUCUUCUACUGUAUUUAAAGCAGCGGCUGCCUGUUUACCGAGCAGUAAUGAGAACAAUAACCAUAAAACAGUGAAAAGGAGCCCGGAGCAGGGUGGAGGGAUGCAGAGCCAGGGGCAGAGAUGAGCAGCCAGGAGCACUGGAUGCUCCCUCUUCAGAGAGCGUUCUACCCCAUCCUCGCCAUCAUCGGGAUCCCCUCUAACAUAGUGACCUUCCUGAUCUUCUGGAGGCGGAACUGCAUGCUGUCCAAGUCCAGCACCUACUAUCUGAUGGCUAUCUCGGUGGCGGACACCCUGGUCCUCAUUCUCAUCGUCGUCAUGGAGCUAGUGCUGAAGUUCAACGUUGAGGAGCCCUUCUGGAGCAAGGACCCCUGGUGCAGCCUGAGGGACAUCUUCAACUACGGAGCCUACAACGCCUCCAUCUGGCUGGUGGUCACCUUCACAGCGGAGCGCUUCAUCGCCAUCAACAACUUCAGCCUGAAAGCCAGGUUCUGCACCCCGAAAUGUGCCGUCAUCACCAUCACCCUGGUGUACAUCUGCAGCCACCUGUGUGCCGUCCCCUACUUCUGGUCCAACAAAUCCUACUUCAACGAGAGCACUCACCCCGGGACUCAUGCCUGCAUCUAUGAUCCACUCAUGCCUGGUUUCUACGUGCGCGGGCUGGUGUGGUUCCAGACCGUCUUGGUUUACAUCAUCCCCUUCGUGGUGAUCUUCACCCUGAACGGCUUGACUCUGCGGCAGAUCGUUCUCAGCAACAGGGUCCACGGUGUGGCCGGGGUGUUCCGCCAGUCUGCCAGCCACUUCCAGAGCCAGAAGAGGAAGUCGGUGGUUCUUCUCAUCACCGUUUCCAUGACCUUCGCCUUGCUGUCCAUCACCAGGUUUGUCACCCAGAUCAUCCUCCGCAGCGCGCACUACAACAUCGACCGCACCGAUUACACCAUCCCCAUUAAUGUGGCGGCUGACAUCGGGACCAUGCUGGAUCUCACCAACGCUUCCUUCAACAUGUACCUCUACGCUUGCACGCAGUCCAAGUUCCGCAAGGAGCUGGUGGACUGUGUCAAGAAGGCCCUCUACCCCUGCAGGAGCUGCAAGCCCCUACGUUCGGACUACCCUUCCAUCAUCUUCCACCUGUAGUCUGGCUGCUGCAGCGCUCUGCAGUCUUUGCUCGAAGCAGCUGGUUUCUUUCUUUCUGUCUGUAGUGUGUGGUAGGGCCUCCAUGAAAGCAUGCUAACUUGAGAACUUGAAUUCACCUGAAGGCGACCUGCGGUUAGUUUGAAAUGUUCUGGUGUGAGACCAAUUGUAGCAGAAUGGCAAUGUUUUUAGUUAGCUUUCCAGUGGCUUCUAAAUGGGAUCUUUAUAAACGAACGAAGUACGAAAGGGAAGCUGAAUCAAGUUGUGAAGUAUAAGAUGAUCUGAUUUGCUAUCCUAACAUCUUUUUAAACAGUUGUAAUUCAAUUAUAAAAACAAUGAUUAUCCAACCCCCCCCCCCAAUCCCAAUUAGUUCAGACA